UGUAAAUUUAUGUAAAUUUAUGUAAAUUAUGUAGUCUAUGUAAAUUAUGUAGGUUAUGUAGGUUAUGUAAUUAUGAACUUAAACCUUAAAAUCGAAAAGGAACAUAAGAGGAAAGUUAAAGGGGAAAAAAAUACUUUUACCCUUUUUUAUAUAUACAUAUAUGUACAUUGUACAUUUUUUUCUCAAGUUUCUUUUAAUGGUAAUAGUAAACAAUUGCGGUUGACACACCAUGACAUUUCUUAUUUUGAACCUUUUUUUAUAAGGAUAAUUUCAUUUCAUUUCGGGUUAAUUAAAAUUAUUUUGGUGUUAUAGAAGUUUUAUUAUUCCCAUUAUUCCAUUCCUCUUCUAAUUGUAAAAUUCCUUUAUUUGUAAAAAUUAAAAAGCAUAACAAAAA